GUUUUAUUCACCUCUUUCCAUCGAACGGGAACACUGACUUUCAACCCCAUUUCCCUCUCUGUUCAACUCGGGCCACACCACGACGAUUUCUUUGUAUAAUCGCAAAUGUCCUCAAUCGAUCCUCCAGCAGGCCAUACGAGGCCUAUCGUCUUCUUCGACAUCUCCAUCGGAGACACUCCCGCCGGCCGGAUCAAGAUGGAGUUGUUUGAUGACAUUACCCCCAAGACAGCAGAAAACUUUAGGCAAUUAUGUACAGGCGAGCACCGAAUCAACUCUGUGCCUCAAGGCUAUAAGAAGGCUACUUUCCACAGAGUAAUCCCACAAUUCAUGGUUCAAGGCGGAGACUUUGUCAGAGGGGAUGGUACUGGAUCAUUCUCAAUCUAUGGCGCACAGUUUGAAGAUGAGAACUUCAAGGUGAAGCAUACAGGACCUGGGUUGUUGAGUAUGGCGAAUUCGGGACCGAACACCAAUGGAUGCCAGUUCUUCAUCACUACCGCCCCUGCCGAAUUCCUUGACGGCAAGCACUGCGUCUUUGGCCGAGUCAUUGAUGGUUUAUUGACCGUCAGGAAGAUUGAGAACGUCCCCACUGGCGCUAACAACAGACCGAAAUUGCAAGUCAGGAUAGCAGAGUGCGGGGAGAUGUAAUCGGGUGUUUUUACAAGUUUGAAAAGCUGUUUUCACAGAAAGAUGUACCAGUAGA